GACAGUUAUGGUAUACAUCUGGAAUCCCAGCACUCUGCGUGGGUGGAGGCGAGAAGAUCAGAAGUUUAAGGUCUUUUUUUUUUGGCUACAGAUUGAGUUUGGGUCCCGACUGGGAUUCAUGAGACCCUUUGUCAAACCAAGUCAGGCAUGGUAGCACCUGUCUGAAAUCCCAGCACUUAUACAGAUAAAAAUGAGCCACCCGUGGUAUUUGCUGUUGGAGGUUCUAAUCCUGAUGCUGGCCUCCGGACUUGCACUACUCAGACCUUCGAUGGGCCAUUGACAAGAACAUCGAACAGCUACAGAGUGGCAUCACUAAUCUAGAAAAAUCCCUCGUUUCACUGUCUGAAGUUGUUCUCCAAAAUGGCAGAGGGCUUGAUCUGCUUUUCCUUCAGCAAAGGGGGCUCUGUGCUGCCCUAAAGGGAGAAUGCUGUUUUUAUACUGACCACACUGGGGUAGUUAGAAAUAGUAUGACCAAGAUCAGAGAGAGAUUAGAAUGGCAAAAGAAACAUUGAGAACAAGAGGAGGAGUGGCUUAAAAAUUGGUUCUCUGCCUCCACCUUUCUCCCUUCGAUCCUGGGUCCUGUGAUCGUCUCCUUCUCCUUUUGGCUUUCAGCCCUUGGGCCUUUAACAGACUCACUGGCUUUAUAAAACAACAAAUUGACUCCUUGGCAUGUAACUUCUACAAGUACAUUAUAAUAGACUUGGUCUGGCUGAUAGAGGCUUGGCUGAGCCUUGCGUUGACAUAGCUCCUUUAAGAGCUGCAUAGAACUCAGAUCUAUGCACAAUGGUUCAACAUGGCACAAACACAGCAUGGGUACCUACAAGGGGUGCGUGACGAGGUACAGCAGGGGGAGGACACAAUUGUCUGCUUCUGAGUUCCCCGUGAAGCAAACCUGAUUUGCAUAGGGGUUGGUGUCGGUCCUCAGACCACUCAUUGUGGGAGUCUCCCACCAAGCCAGGCUCUGCCCGUCCUCUCCAAAAGACACCAAGAUGUGGGAAGAACAACCCUCUGUUCCCCAGAGGGGGAAAGCAUUGAAUCAGGUCAAUGCUAUCCCCCUCUGGUUAAUGCCCGCUCAUUCAUUGACGAGACCCAUAGGUCUCGCCAGCCUCAUGCAAAUUAAAUAAAAAGGGGGGAGAUGCCGAGAGCCAACCUUACUCCAUUUUGAAAGAAUAGUUUUAGGUUUUGUUUUUCCUCAGCUAUCGACUCCUGAGAAAGCAGGUGGACAAUGGUCACUGUGCCCUAAGGAGAGUGGUUGCUGUGCCCUGAGCCAGACAAAAACAUAGGGGCUGCAAGAUAUCUGACAUGGCAGAACGCCCAACUUCUGUGAAAUUCCCCCAAACACAUUAUCCCCUUCCCUGUCUGUAUAAAUUGCCUGAGAAAAUACAGCUCGAUGGACCUUGAUCAGAAAAUUUGUCUUUGUCCCAUUCUUUGCAUCUCCUGUCCCUUCCAUUCUCUCCCCCUUUCACUUAGGGUGCCCUGUUGAGGACCCCACAGGCCAGGGCAAUAUAUAAAAUAAAUAAAUAAAAUAUUUAAAAGCAAGACACACCCCCCCCCCAAAAAAAGAAAGGAGUGAAUUGCUCAUGUCUGUAUACAAUUGACCCAAAGUUGCUCAGAACUGGACCAUGUCCAAUUUCUUCUCUUCCAGGUAAGCCCUUUUACCAUUCACCUAUAAAAAUUGGUAUUCCUAGUCAAACAAAAUGCUUCAUCAAGUAGGCAGGGCUUGCGGGUGAUUUUUCCUAAGAGCAAACCACCCCAUGACAUGUCUUCUGAAUACACAGAAUUCUUUCUAAAUUUAUGUCCCUAGCAAUAUUAAGACACAGUAUCUGCCUCUAACGUGGUCUUUACUAUGUCGUUGGCCAGGUCAUCAGACUCUGCUGUGGAACUUUGCACCUUUGUACAGAGCCUCUCCAAAGUCAACGACAGGAGCUGGAGUUCUCUCACACAGAGGAAUUGGAGAAACAAGGACAAAAGGGCUACAGGAUGGGUGCUGCCCCAGCUGCAGCAUUGUGCAGUCACAGCCUCCCUGUGUUACUAAGCAACAAACAGCUGACCUCCAGAGAUUCUCUCUCCUAAGAUGUAGCUUCAAAAGGACAAGAGGAAAGUUUGCCUUUUUGGCUCCCUUCGUGGAAAGAUGCAAGGUGCUUUAAUAGGCUCCUGGCACAACAGUGGCUUCUACGGGCACUACCGAGGUCAAGUCAAGAGUGAAAGUGCUGGAGAAUACCGUCUUGCUGCCAAGCCCCCACCUCCAGCGGUGUUCCUACAGAGAUGUGAGGAGCCUGCAAAACAACACUUCUUCUCCAAGCACGACAACCGCACUUCCUUCGACAAAGGUCCCUACUGCCUGCUGCAGGGAAUUGGAAGACGGAAAGACCUGGAACGCCUGUGGAAGAGACACACCUUCCUGCGCUGGGCACCCUGCGAGCUGGAAUUGAGCCAGCAGCCGCCUCUGGAAUCAUCCUACCAGACUGAUUUCCGGUCAGGCACAGGACUCACUAGGCUUCCCCAGCGCCUUGUCCAGUUUGUGCAGGUCCAGCCUCCCUAUGCCGAUACCACCUAUCAACACAACUUCUGCCAGCCAUCCCGGGGUGGUCACUGUGGUAGCACCAAGGUAAGGCCCCGUGAGCCAGUCACUGAAACACUGCCAGGCCUCCCGGGAAUCCCAAAGCCCAAGUUGCUGCAGCACUACCUUCACGCCGGAGUUUCUGAGUGUUUAAACUGGUCCCAAGCAUUAAAAAGAUUCAGUUGAC